GUCCCUUCUUUCAAACUUUAAAACCCUUGGGCGAAAGGUUUUCAAGUCUCCCUCUUUCACGCCUCUAAAGCCCUACUACUGGUAUUAUUCACAAGCAUCGUUUUCAGCAGAACUGAUGAAUCCUAUCGAGGAAUCCGAUGUGGGCAUAUCUUGCUUCAUUUCUCAGCUCCCCGGAUUCCGCGGAAUCCUCAAACAAAGGUAUUCUGACUUUAUUGUAAAUGAAGUGGAUUUGGAAGGCAAUGUUGUUCAUUUAACUUCAUUAGAUGCUCCCCAGGAGGUACAUGAAGAAAAGGAGGUAAAGGUUACUAAUCCACUCGACAGAAGCUAUGCAAAUGAGAUAGAAUAUUUCAGAUCGCUUGCCACCUGUGAUUCUGAUGCUGACAAGCUCAAAAGUUUUAUAGACAAAAUUAGUUCAGGCGCCGAUGUCAGUGAUGAACACAUACUUCUUACACCGAGCUCUGAUAAAUCACGUCGGACAGAGAUUCAUAAUUUUAUCAAGGAAAAGAUGAGAUUUCUUGUUACAGACACUGUUGAUGGGCCCGAUAACUCCUCAAAGUGUAUUCGUGUAAGGUUGAAUGUUGGAGGUAAUAGCGGGAGGGGUAAAAAUUCCAGGAAAAGGAAAGAUCGAGGUGAAAAGCCCUAUGAUAGUAGAGGUUCAGAUCAUUGGCCCCAAGAGCUUGGCAAGUUUCUUAGAUUUCAUCUUUACAAGGAGAACAAGGAUACACAGGAUGCUCUAGGUCUUAUUGCAAAGAUGCUUGGCAUUCAGCCUAGGUCAUUUGGAUUUGCUGGUACAAAAGAUAAACGUUCCGUUUCGACACAAAGGGUGACUGUCUUCAAGCAACGGGCAAACAAAUUGGCAGCUCUCAAUGAAAAGUUGAUUGGAAUCAAAGUUGGUGACUUUUGUUAUGCUAAUGAGGGGCUUCUACUUGGGCAGCUUUAUGGGAACCGAUUCACUAUAACAUUGAGGGGAGUAAUUGCAGAGUCAGAUGAUAUUAUUAAAGCCUCUGCAGCUGCACUCGGAAAGAAUGGUUUUAUUAACUACUUCGGGCUGCAGGUACUUUAUUUCUGUUUCUAGUUUUUUAAUAUUUACCAACUCUCUUUCUACACUCAAAGUAUGCUAUAGUUAUGUCAUCGGCCCAAAGUGGCCCACUUGUAGACAACUGAGAAUUAGGAGACCAGAUUAGGGUUUCGGCCGGCCCAAAUGGUUUUAAGCCCAGUUUGCUAUAACUUGUCCAGCAAGGGUUAAACCCUAAUUAGUUGUCUAUAUAUUUGAUCUCCUGUACUUGUAAUCAUCAUCACUCAAUAAUACAAACCCUAGUUGCCCCUGUGGAUGUAGGUCAGAUUAGACCGAACCACGUUAAAUCUCGUGUUCUCUAUUGCUUUCUUGCUUUCUAUUCGUGUGUGUGUGCUUUUGUUCUUAACAACUGGUAUCAAAGCCUAGGUCAUACACACAGAUCUGCCUCCACUGCCAACCCUAGCGACUCUAGGGUUUCUGCCGACACAUCAGAAGACCACCGAGAUAGUCAUCUGUGGGCAGUCCGAACAACCUUACUGUUCAGUUUGCUGCUGCAAUUUUCGAGGUCAGUUCUGGUUGUUUGUUUCAAUCUGGUCUCACGUGUUCUCUGGUCAGAUUUUUGGAUACUCAGAAGACAUGGUGUCUGAGGACGGAAAGAUCAGGAUAGAGAAGUUUGAUGG